UGCACGCCCGUGGCUGUGCCGCAGCCAGCCGGGCCUCCCGCCCGGGGAGACAGCGGGCGUGGCUAAAAUGUGCCGUAUGCUGAAGAGACGUUGGAAAAUAAAUGCCAGUUCCGUGCCUGCUGCUCGGAGGUGGCGCCUCCUGCCCUGUUGUGCUCGCCCUUCGUCCCGCUUCCUUCUUGGAUUGCUGCGUUCCGCUCGCUUUUGCUCGGUGCCUCUGUUGCCACGGGUCUCACGCUCAGGCCCCUCGACGGAAUUCAGUCUGUAUGAUCUCUCUCUCCUUGCAACGUACUGUCAGAGGGAAGAAAUGAGACUGAAACUUCUGCACCUUCAGACGAGAUCUUUCCAUGCUUUAACAACAAUACGCCAAUGCCAAAGCUUUAACAAAACUGGAUGUCUGCUAUUAAAGCUGGAUAACAAAGUUGAAAGAACAGCUCACAGAACAGCGAAGUCUUGGAACUUGUAUGCACUGAAACCUGCGUUCCCUUGGUUGACAAGUCAAUGUGUGCAAGUCAGGAAUUUGCAUUUUCUCCAAGGAUUUCUGUCCUCUUUAGGAAGAAAUGUUUAUUAUCAGAGUGGGGAGGGUUUUUUCUCAUCCUGGAGACGUUUGGGUGUGACAAUGAUGGAUAACUACAGGUUCAAUACAGAGUGGAUCAAAAAGCUUAGGAACAGAGGAUCAAGAUUUUAUGCAGUUGUAUCAGCUGGCAAAAUUGUCCCCAAACCCAAUAACCAGCCAAUUAAGAGGCCACCAAAGGCACCAAGGACCAAGCAGCCAUCCAGAACGAACCUGCCACUCUCAGCCAUGGAGAAUCUGAUGCAGUGCACAGCCUUUGCAACAGCAGAUGAAUAUCAUCUUGGUAAUCUGUGUCAUGACCUGACUUCACAUGGAUAUGUUGAAAUAACAAGUUUGCCUAGAGAUGCUGCAAAUGUUUUAGUGGUCAGUACUGAGAAAUCCGCAAAAGAAGAUGAUCCUGGCAUGAUUUUUUUCUUCAGGGAAGGGGCUGUUGUAUUUUGGAAUGUGGAAGAGAAAAGUAUGAAGAAUAUCAUGCGAGUGCUAGAGCAGCAUGAAAUUCAGCCGUAUGAAGUUGCACUGGUCCAUUGGGAGAAUGAAGAGCUGAACUAUAGAAUAGGAGAAGGUCAGUCAAAGCUCCAUAAAGGACAAAUCUUGUUAAAUUCUGAGCUGGAUAGUGAUGAAGUUGUUCUGCAGAAGUUUGCCUUUUCAAAUGCUCUUUGUCUUUCUGUAAAGCUGGCUAUUUGGGAAUCAUUACUGGAUAACUUUGUGGAAUCUAUCCAGUCAAUUCCUGAGAUUCUAAAGUCACGAAGGAAGGUAAAACUCUCUCAUGCAGAUGUGAUGCAGAAAAUUGGAGAACUCUUCGCACUAAGACACCGUAUAAAUCUGAGCUCAGACCUGCUAAUAACACCAGACUUCUACUGGGAUAGAGAAAAACUAGAAGAGCUUUAUGACAAGACUUGCCAGUUUCUCAACAUUAAUCGCAGAGUUAAGGUAAUGAAUGAAAAGCUGCAGCACUGCAUGGAGCUGACAGACCUCAUGCGAAAUCACCUGAAUGAAAAGCACGCGCUGCGCCUUGAGUGGAUGAUAGUAAUACUAAUCACCAUAGAGGUUCUGUUUGAACUUGCAAGGGUAGUUUUCUGAUGAUGGAACAAACCCAGGAAGAAGAAAACAGACAAAACAAUAGAGAACACAAGGCUUGAAAAAUUCCUUGGAAAAUACGCUUCUGGAGAAUCAUGAAAUUGUGUCUCUUGAUAAAUCUCUAAAUCUUCUACUCAAAUAAAAAUAAAAAUCAGUCUGUGAACAUUAUUGCAACCACUGUACUAAUAAUGUAAGAGAGGGCUUAACCUAUGGAUGAAUCUUAUCUGCUGACUCUAUUUGGUGAAGGACUCUACUGCUUUCUCUCCUAACAGUUAAAAUGUUGCUGAAUACUUGGCUGAUUUGUUUAUUUUUGAUUGAUGAUGUGUUCCCUCAUGUUUACCAGCUCACUCUUGGAGAGCUGCAACAUUGUCCCAAGCUUGGAGAUGGCAUUAUUGUUUGUUCUCCUGGCAUGAUUUCAUUAUAUGUGGCAGAUACAUUUAAUGUUAUGUUCCAUCCCAUCAGAAAGUGGUGUUUAUAUACUUGUAUGGGAAUACAUUUAUUGAGAUGUAGUACUAUUUGCAUUAUUUUUUUUACAUUUAGUAUUCAUAUAGAAGGGGAAUUAGUUGAUCCCAGAGGUCACAGGGACCUGUAGCAAAGCAGUAAACUAAAGAAAAAUUCACAGAAUUUUUCUGUCCACCUUAUCAUGCUAUUUGAUUUUCAUCAGUAUAAGUUGCAAGGAGUGAACAUAGGGUAAGAUGUCUUAAUUACCUUCUAAGGUAAAAGUUUCUUCUUUUUUAUUCUUAAUCUAUUCCUAGUCCACAGAGUGUUACUUACUCGCGAGAGGAUGAAAAGAUUUUUUUUUUCCUAGCCAACUUCAUUUUCUAAAUGUAUUUUCAGAAACUGGUAGACAACUGCUGUUU